CUAUAAAAGAAAGACGCGGUUCAGGAAACUCUUCACUGUAUUUCUUUCUCCUCUAGAUCACAGGGAAAAAGAAAUCAAUGGAGUUGGACUUGACACCGAAGACAGCAGAAGCAUUGUUUGAGGGAGAUGGUGGAGGUUACUCCACCUGGUCAAGUUCUCAAAUGGCACUUCUGGCAAAGUUCAAUGUUGGUGCUGGUCGCCUUCUACUUCACCCCCGUGGUUUCGCUCUUCCUCAUUAUGCCGAUUCAUCCAAAGUUGGUUAUGUCAUUCAAGGAACUGAUGGCGUAGUUGGGAUGAUACUCCCUAACAGUGGAAAAGAGGUGGUUUUGAAGCUUAAGCAGGGAGACAUCAUACCUGUACCAAUUGGAGCUGUAUCAUGGUGGUUCAAUGAUGGAGACUCUGAUCUUAUCAUUGCUUUUCUUGGGGAGACUUCAAAGGCUUUUAUUCCUGGUCAAUUCUCCUAUUUCUUUCUAACUGGUGCUCAAGGAAUUAUAGGAAGCUUCUCUACUGAGCUCACUAGUAAAGUAUAUGCCAUGAACAAAAAUGAGGUGAACAAGCUCACAAAAAGCCAAACAGGGGUUUUGAUCAUCAAGCUAGACAAAAACCAACCCAUGCCUAAGCCCCAAAUGGACCAAACCGAAAAACUAGUCUAUAAUAUAGAUGCUGCACGCCCUGGCAACGUUGUCAAACAUGUUGGAUUAGUCACAACCUUAACGGACAAUGGUUUUCCGUUUAUUAAGGAUGUUGGGUUAAGUGUGAUCAAAGUGAAACUUGAACCUUAUGCUAUGAAGGCACCAUCGUACCCAACUAGCCCUACGGUUCAGUUAAUUUACAUUGCUAGAGGAAGUGGCAAGGUUGAAAUUGUGGGCUUGAAUGGACAGCGUGCGUUGGACACUCAAGUUAAGGCUGGUCAUUUGCUUGUCGUGCCACCAUUCUUUGUGGUUGCUGAAAUUGCAGGGGAAGAAGGAAUGGAGCUUUACUCUAUUGUAACAACUACAAAGCCCUUGUUUCAAGACUUGGCUGGCAGAGAAUCAGUAUGGGGAGUCUUCUCACCCGCAUUGCUAGAAGUGGCUCUUAAUGUGGAUUCGGAUUUUGGAAAGCUUUUCAUUGCCAAGAACGAGGAAACCACAAAUCUUAUUCCUCCCCCCAAGAAGGCUUAG